AAGACAUUCAUCAGCCUAGCCUACCCGAUGACCCGAUGACAGUGAUUCGAAAAACAAUUUUGAAUUAAAAAGGAAAAAAAAUGUAUAAUUUACCUAUCAAAUAAAAAGAGGAAAAUUUUAUUAUUGUAGAUUUAACCGCCAAUGUCUUUCAAAUUGUCAUUAUUAUUAUUUACAAUUUUACCCUUAGUUAUUCUCUUAAAAUUUAGUGACUAUUAUAUUAGUUCGUUUCUUAUGAUAAAGAUUAUUAUUAAUUGUAUGCAAUUUGUAUGCGUGAGAUGUUACAUUGAAUGAACUUCGAAGUGGCUCGUCAAUCGUCUGCUUGGGCACAUGUAGCCCUCUGUGCGGAUCUCACUUGGGUCUCGGAACCUCCUGAUGAAUUCAUCGUAGCCAACCAGCGCCUAUGGGCACAGCAUUACCGUGUAUCGCAAGUCCUCCAGGAUUCAUCCAUAGAGUCUUCACAGUGCAUACAGAAUCAUUGCGAUCACACAGGGAACCAAAUUGUUCAAAAUCAAGAGAAUAACAGCUGCAGUAGUCGAAGAAGCGUGAAAGACGUAAUACCAGAAUCUAGAUUAGCACAAUUUUAUGGUAAUUUCUACUACGACGAUAUCAGGGAAAACUGUUAUACUUGUACAAAUGAAAAAGCUAACUUGCGUGGUUAUAACAGUCACGGAUGCGACAAUACCGAUCUUACAGAAUGUUGGAUGUUACCUGAGGUUGAAUACUGGUUUCGGAAACUUGUAGACGACUCAAGUGAUCGCAGUGUGGUGCCACGUCGUCGUCGACAAUAUAAGAUUCUUCCCGAUGACGAUUCGUGCGUUCUUUGCGAGCGCUGGGACCCGUCUGAAGCGCGGACCGUGGAAGAAGCGACGUUGGAGGCCCGAGUUCGAAGCACUAGAUCCUUAUGGAACCAACCACCAAGCCAGAGACCAGCUAGAGUUCCUUCACCGCCGCCCGCUUCGAGAAAAAUGCGAGCAAGGCGUCGCCAACCAAAGAGACUGACCUUAGCACCUCCCCCACCUGCGUAUUGUUUAGAAGCCCCAACUCAACUCUUUUGCGAUCCAACUUGUAAGUUUCAAUUCGAGACUCCACGUCAACAAUUAACUGAGUAUCAAAGAGCGAUGGGACGCUUAUCAGCGAGCGUGCAAGCGGUGAUGAGAGCUAAUGCGUAUCGAUGUACGCCAUACCGCGGCACAAACGUCAGCCGCUACGCGCCCACCAGUCCACGACCCUUGCGCUACCCCGACAGACGCUAUGGCGUCUGGUGGCCGCGCGACAAUCUAACACCAAGAUUAGAAAACAGGUUUAACAUAACACAAAUACAAAAAAACGCAACAAACAGCCAAAAGACAGAAAAAAUAACCGCUAAAAUUGAAACAGGAAUCAAAAAAGAGGAACCAGAAAAUUUAUCUAAAGACGAACAGCUAACAAAAGAACCUGAAGUGCAACAGGAAGCCACUUCAGAAAGUCUUUCACAGCAAAAGGACAAAGUCGUUGCUGAUAACCACCUACCAUCUACGAGUGCUGCCGCGAUAGAAGACGCGAGAAAGAAGCGACUCUAUAGCACCGUUCUUAGCACGUGUCCACCGCCUCCUGUUAAUUUAAACGCAGUAGGAUGUCUCAGGCUCUCACAAAAAUUACCGCCUGGUCUAAUAAAAUUAAAUCGCAAACUGGUUCUGUCUUCGAGAGUUAAGCCAAACGUCGAUAACAAAUUUGAGGAGCUCGAAAAAGAAGCUUUGGAACAGUAUAAAGCGUCAGAUGAAAGUAUAGACACCAAGUUUCGCGAGCUCGAAGAAGAAGCAGUCGACCAAUACAGCACGAGUAACAGCAACACGAGUUGCAGCAGUGGGAAUUCUGGAGAAAAGAAAACUGCUGAAUGUUUGCCAAACAGUGAAACAGCAAAAGCGCCAUCGGCAAAAUUUCAUACAGACAAAUCUGUGGAUAGCUCGCCGAAUUUUCCCGAUCUCAACGCUAAAAGAGAUACCAAUAGUGUAACGAAUUUAAAAAACUUCCACACCCCCCCGAGGGGGGAGAAAAAAGAAUAUUCUCAUAGAUCGGGCAAAUGUAUGAGAAGCAAGAAGAAGGAGCCCCAAAGACCAGCGUCGGAUACUGAUUACGAAGCACGGGAAUCAAACACCAAAGGAAGCAGGGGAGCAAUGCGCUGGACUUUACAUGUUAUGCCACCAAAGAAGCGACAUUUAACUGCGUGUGUCGAUUUCUCUUCAGAUGAAGAGUCGGAAGAAGUGAGUGUAUCCAUUAAAGACGCUGGACCCUGUAUAAAGAACCGUGCGACUGGGAAGGUCAAAAUGUCCGCGCACGGCGGUGGCGAUUUGCAUCCAAUCAUGAGAAAAACUUAACUUUUUACACAAGAGCUAGUAGCAAAGUGAUGAGAAGACCCUGUUUUCUUAUGCCACUUUAAGUCAGUGUUUGGAUUACUCGGUUAGCAACUGUUUCAAUUGAACAAUUCGUGUUGUGUCGAUUUAUUUGUUCAGUUUGUAAGUUUCCGACUUUUAGUGGCAGGCGUGUUUUUAUAUUAAAUUUUGGUUACAUGGAUUAUAUACAUGCCUAGAUAACUACGCAAUCUUAUUUAAAUUUUCUAGGAAAGAAUCAGCCAGUUUCUUACGGCUCGUAUUUUACUAAACGAUCUAUUUAGUCAUGUAUUCAAUCCAUUUCCAGGGAGAUGUAGGAGUAUCUAGUGAGAUUCAUACUAGAAUGACGAGUAACGAACUGUAAUCAUGACCGGCUUAUAUACCGUGAUUUGAUGAAUUGUUAACAUUUUAUAUACUAGUCAUAAACAAUUUGUACAUAUA